UCUCACUCUUUCUACAGUUUUACAUUCAUAGAUUUGGUAAAUCCCAAAGAUAUAGGGUUUCUCUGAUCUGCUUUUUACUUAUUUUUUUUUCGUAAGCUUUAAUUUCGGCCUAUAUUACUGCAUUUUUGCGUAAUCUCGGAUUCUUCGGUUCAAGAUUGUGUGAUAUUAUACUGCAAAAUGGAGAAUAUGCAGAGCUAUUGGCAAUUUGGCGACGAGCUUCGAGGACAAUCAAAAGCCUCAGAGGAUCAUAAAUGGUCAACAGCUGCUAUAAAAUUAUCUGAACAGAUGAAGUACAAAGGUGAACGUAGGAAUAACCUUGACCUUUCAAAGAGCUAUGCUGAAAUUAGGCCCAGGGGUAAUCAUAUGUUUCAGGAAGAUAACAAGUGGGAAAGCCUUAACUUCAAUAUGUUAAAUUUGGAAAGCAAGAUGACUGAAAAUAUGAGCAAGAAUCGCAUUAUGGAUAGCAUUUACAAUGCAAAUCCAGUUUAUCUUAAGCCCAAUUUUAACAGCUUGGGAAAUUCAUCUUUAAGCAAGUUCAAUGCUAGCAACUAUACCAAGGAACCAAGCAAGAAUAACAACAACGUUGAGAGCACAAAUGGAAAUAACUCCGUUGACAAAAGGUUUAAGACUCUGCCUGCUGCUGAAACACUGCCAAAGAAUGAGGUUCUUGGUGGAUAUAUAUUUGUUUGUAACAAUGACACAAUGCAGGAAGACCUAAAGCGCCUUCUCUUUGGCCUUCCUCCUAGAUACAGAGAUUCCGUGAGGGCAAUAACACCAGGGUUGCCCUUGUUCCUAUAUAAUUACACUACUCACCAGUUGCAUGGUAUCUUUGAGGCAUCGAGUUUUGGAGGUUCCAACAUUGAUCCAACUGCCUGGGAGGAUAAAAAGUGUAAAGGAGAGUCAAGGUUCCCUGCUCAGGUGAGGAUCCGUGUCCGGAAAGUCUGUAAUCCUUUGGAGGAAGAUGCUUUCAGACCAGUUUUACAUCAUUAUGAUGGCCCCAAGUUCCGUCUGGAGCUCUCCGUUCCUGAGACUUUGGACUUACUAGAUCUCUGUGAAAAAGCCGGUGUGUAGGUGCUAUGUGCUCGUGCUGGCGUCCUGUAAUAGUAAGCAUAAAAGAACUGUAGCCUAUGUGAAUGUUAUAGGUUUGUGGUGCAUGUCAGCAGUGUGCUGUCCGUAGCUUUUCCUUAGCGUAAGCUUUGGGGUGCAAGUCUAGUUAAGAGGUUGUAAGUUUAGGAUUGGCUUGUAUUAGCCAAAUAAGUGCAAUGCUUAUCUCCGAAGAUAUUUGCUGAGUGGCUUCACAAAUUUAGCUAUGUAAUCUUGCAGUAAACUAGAAACAAGUAAGACAAUUAUGUAAUGGGUCAAGAUCGAAUGUGUUUCUGUAUCUGCAGAGGAACUCUGCUUCAUGUGAUUUGUAAGGUUUGAAUUCUUAACAUUUCUUUACAUUUAGGGAAUGCCAGUGCGUGUCCACCAAGGUAUUUGGUGACUUUGUCAUAAAAA